AUGGUACAAGAAGCAUCCGAUCUCACUUCAGGUGAGGAAUAUACCACUCCACCUUCUCCAAACCUUCAAGACAGCGCGAACAUGGCUCAAUUCCUCGUCAAGCAGAAGCUGUCCUCAGAACACGAUACCGAAAUUUGCGUCACCUCAUGCCACGAGCUCGAUGUGCACGAGAACCUACCAAAAUUUAUGAAGUCCGUACAGGAAAACACCAUUGGUCUGGCUGCAGCAUACGACCAAAAGUGCCGCGUGCUGCGCCUUGCGCUAUCUUCCCCGACGGAGGCUCUCGUCGUCACACUCGUAGCGAAACACGACCGGUGGAAUGGGAUGCGGAAGCAGGCGAAGCACCAAGCGUGUAUUGAGGCGAAGACUUCGGCUCUGCAGUGUCUCCUCAACAACCCAGCGAUCGUCAAAGCGGCCUUGCGCAUGGACAAACUCGCCGCGUCGAUAUUCCUCGACCAUCGCAUGACCAUUGCAAGCGCGAAAGACCUCUUGUCUGCAGGGGAUGGUCCAAGGCACUCUUUAGCUGCCCUCAUGAGUGUGCUGGAGGGCUAUGUUCCGAUAAGGAAGAGGACUGUGAUAGAUAUGUUUAUCAAAGAUGACUCUGGCGCGAACGGAGUUCGUGAAACCGCCCUGCAGGCUUGGGCAGCUUAUUACGCCACCACGCAUCCACAUAUGGCUCUUCGACUGGAACAAAUGAGCUCUAUCGAUACUUCCACUAUUGAACUGCAUGUCAUGGCUCCCCUCGCCAAAUUAAUUCGAGUUGCAGAUCAAGUACUCUCCUUCAAGCCUAGUCGAGUCAAGCACGAGAUCAAACACGAACAAAACCUCGAAACAGGAGAAAUUUUAAUCACCUCACAAAGAUACAAAACAAAAGUCUCCCGCACGGCCGCCAAUCAAAAUGUCGAAGUGACCUUUGAACAUGGUGGCAAGAGGACGACCUCCAAAACUCGAACUGCUGAGGUACAUGGGCGAGUAGCGGUUUUGUGUGCCGCAGAGGAGACGAAAGGGUCUCUUGUCCGGGUCGAAACUGUAGGAAGAGGCGGACCCAGUCCUGCAGAGAUUAUGAAAUCAGAUUUGCUGCUUCGUGCCUUGCACGAUCCAGAUUUCCUGAUUUCUCAUCCUUUCGUCGAAGCUCUAUGGUUUCCUCGUCGAAAAGCCAAAAACGUGGCUAAACUCAAAGUCAAGUCUGAGCCAUUACCCCCUGUGGAUAUCUCCUACGACGGUCCCUUGAACGAUUCGCAGAGAGCUGCAACUGAGGCCAUCCUUUCGCGGGACCAAUCAAAACGCGUCGUUCUUGUGCAUGGCCCGCCCGGUACAGGAAAAACCACUGUCAUUGCGGCUGCUGUCACCAGUGUCAUGGCCUCGCGCGAUAGAAACGCUACGGUGUGGCUUGUUGCGCAGUCAAACGUUGCCGUGAAGAAUAUCGCAGAGAAACUGGCUUCCGUCGACUUUUUUGAUUUUACAAUCUUAGUCUCUACAGGCUUUCACUUUGACUGGCACGAACACCUUUAUGAGAAGGUCGAAAGGAAUGUCAUCACAUCUGAAGACCUGCCAGACGAUAUCCUUCAAGCUGAACACAUGCUCCCUACCUCCAGAGUCAUUUUAUGCACUCUAUCUAUGCUAUCCAACCGGAGGCUGUCGCCGAUCACUAGUCUGGUGCCACUUCGAACUGUCAUUUUUGACGAAGCCAGUCAAAUUGAAAUUGGAGACUACCUAGCGAUGAUGCUCCAGUUUCGUUCCACUCUUCAGAAAAUGGUCUUUAUCGGAGACGACAAGCAACUUGAACCACACUUGUCGCAGGACAUCUUUGGCAUGGAAAGUGUAUUUGAUAAAUCUCAUCUCCGUGAAAACGCGCUGUUUUUGGAUACUCAAUACCGUAUGCCGCUGGCAAUAGCAACUUGCAUAUCAGAAAAUGUUUACAAGGGCCGGCUGAAAUCUCUAGACGUCAAUUUUGACACUUCUUGCUGUCGAUUCGUUGACGUUGCCUCUGGAACAGACAAUCCGCAGGGCUCUAGUCGGAUAAAUAAGCAAGAAGUUGCUGCCAUUUUGACGCUGUCGAAACGGUUCUUCCACCAAAAAAAAUCGUUCCGGAUAAUUACUCCAUACGACGCUCAACGCACAUUGUUGGAAAAUGCGUUGAAGGAAGCCGGGUUACCUUGGGAAGACAUGUGUUUCAACAUCGACUCGUUUCAAGGCAACGAGGACGAUUAUAUUCUUGUGUCCGUCGUGCGAACCCAACGGCUCGGCUUUUUGUCAGAUCACAGGCGGGUUAAUGUUAUGUUGACGCGGUGCAAGAAGGGAAUGGUUAUAUGUACCCAUCGUGGCUUCAUAGAGGGGCCAGCACGUCCAACGCUUAUUUCCAAACUUGUAGAAUCCUUAGGUGACUCGGCGUGGGUGGCGGAACAGGAACUCGAAGCUGCACAAAUAUUUGACAAGAUACACGAUACAUGA